CUGCAGCGUCAUCGCUGUAUAAUCAUUCACAGUCAAUUUGACCAAAACACACUCCACCCCACCAGCAUAACGGUCGUGCAGUUCCAGACCCUCACCAUGCCUCACGCAGACUCCUCCUUCUUCGGCCCCAACGCCUCCAAAGACGAGGUCUACACGCAGGUCCUCGAACAGGCUCGCGGCCUAGUCUACGACCAGCGCAACUGGGUCAGCAACUUCUCCAACGUCGCCUCCCUCCUCUGGCACGCCUACGCCGCCCUCCCCGCCCCUUCGUCGUCGGUCAACUGGGCCGGCUUCUACAUCCGCAGCGACAAGUUCCCGGCCUUGUCCAAGGAUACCACCACCACCACCACCACCGGUGCGACCACCGUGCAACCCAAACUCCUCCUCGGCCCCUUCCAGGGCCGCCCCGCGUGCCAGGAGAUCCGCUUCGGGAAGGGGGUCUGCGGCACCGCCGCGCAGGACCGCGCCACCGUCGUCGUGCCGGACGUGCUGGAGUUCCCGGGCCAUAUCGCCUGCGACGCGAGCAGUCGGAGUGAGAUUGUCGUGCCGAUUCUUGUGGGGGGGGAGACGGUCGCGAUUAUUGAUGUCGAUUGCACGGAGCCUUCGGGUUUCGAUGAGACAGAUAAGAAAUACUUGGAGGAGCUGGCGGGGUUGUUGGCUGAGUGCUGUGAUUGGUGAUUUACCGUGGGGUCUGUCUGGCUCUGGGGUUAGGUUGAGGAUCGAGGGUAUAGAGUAUACGGUAUGAUCGGAUGGGUUUAGAGCUGGUUAUAGAGCUUCUGGGUAUAUAUGCAGUAUCUUAGUUGUCAGCAAAGGGGAAAUCACCAGUCAUGGGGACUCUGUCAAAGUCUAUGCAUUCAUCAAUCUCUGCCCGUCCUCCGGGACAAGCAAAG